CUCCGAGAAACAACUGGGAAAAACAAAACGAACAUCAUAUAAAGCCUUCAAACCGAUUUUUAAGGAGGGCGGAUUUCACAAUAUCAAUUGAUCGUCCGAUAUGGGGCAACAGUUUCGUUGUUAAAUUAAAUAAGUAGUCAUUUUGGUGCUUUGUCAGCUUUAUGUAUAAUCCGUUCAUUUGCAUUAGCCUAGCGAGUUAGCUAACGUUAAAGCAGCCUGUUCACAGUUACAUGUAUUGGAAACUACAGCUAGUUGUCAGAACAGUUCAUUUGACUUGGUCACUUAAUUUGAUAAGUAUUAACGUUAACACGAUUAGCGUUCGCUGUAUUAUUAAUCGUGGUUCUGAGAAAUUGGAAAAGAUUAUGCAACACUGCGGGUGAAGGUUCACCGAGCUUACAUUUUAUUGAACAUUGGUAAUUAAGUUUUUUUGAGGAAUUUUUUUGUCGAGUGAUUACUGUCACGGUUAAGGUUUAAAACACCGAAUUUUACUGGAGUGUUUUAGGCCAUGCAUUAAGCUUUGUAAUACAUAUCAGGUUGUCUUAAUGAUACAAGUUGUCAUCUCGUCUUGUUGACUUGUCAGGCUCUCCCCUGACCCUAAUCUGGGUGUCCUGUUCAUCUAAGAGGGGCUAUCAAUAGGUUGUAUGUAAUUAACUCCUGUAGCCUGAUAAAAAAACAUCUAUACACGGGGGAAGGCAAUCUCUUAGUCCAUUCAUCGAAGAUCAGGUCCUCUCGCCGAAGUAGCUAUGCCCUUGCUCUUUUUGGAGAGGUUUCCAUGGCCCAGCUUGCAAACGUACACAGCGCUCAGUGCUGUUCUUUUGGUGGGCACAAUCUUGAGUGCCUACAACACAGUGACUGAGCCCAGUUUCCAAAGUUCAGUCACAGAGGACUCUCCGUCCAAUCUCAACGAUCCCGUUAAGGAAGAACAACCGGACAGCAUUGGGAAUGUCGCCUCAAGUAUCCUGUUGUAUCUUAUCACUGACAGCCUGUUUGUCUGGGUGAUGGUGAACACAGCUUGCUGCGUCCUGAUGUUGAUUGCUAAAGUCAUCCAGUGCAUUGUGUUUGGACCACUGCGUGUUAGUGAGAAACAGCAUUUGAAAGACAAGUUCUGGAACUUCAUCUUCUAUAAGUUCAUCUUCAUCUUCGGGGUUCUGAACGUGCAGACGGUAGAGGAAGUUGUGUUGUGGUGUCUCUGGUUUGCAAUGCUCAUCUUCCUCCACCUCAUGGUUCAGCUCUGCAAAGACCGCUUUGAAUAUCUCUCCUUUUCUCCCACCACUCCCAUGGGCAGUCACAUUCGGGUGCUGGCCCUGCUGGUGGCCAUGCUGCUUUGCUGCUCCUCUCUGGCUGUGCUGUGUGGCCUGGUGGGUCACGUCCACGGCAUGCACACCGUAGCCUUCAUGGCCGCUGAGUGUUUGCUGGUCACAGUGCGCACAGGACAUGUUAUAAUAAGAUACUCCAUCCACCUCUGGGAUCUGAAUCAUGAGGGUACCUGGGAGAACAAAGGCACCUAUGUCUACUACACUGACUUCAUUAUGGAGCUGGCCCUGCUCUGCCUCGACUUAAUGCAUCACAUCCACAUGCUGCUCUUUGGGAAUAUCUGGCUGUCUAUGGCGAGCCUUGUGAUUUUCAUGCAGCUUCGGUAUCUUUUCCACGAGGUGCAGAGGAGAAUCCGUCGCCAUAAAAACUACCUGCGUGUCAUCGACAAUAUGGAGGCCAGGUUUGCUGUGGCCACUCCAGAAGAACUGGUGGCCAAUAACGAUGAUUGCGCAAUCUGCUGGGACUCCAUGAGCUCAGCACGCAAACUGCCCUGCGGACAUCUCUUUCACAACUCGUGUCUGCGUUCAUGGCUGGAGCAGGACACUUCAUGCCCGACGUGCCGUAUGUCUCUGAACAUUAACGAGGGCGGCAGAGAGAGAGAAGAAAGACAGAGAGAGCCGCUAGAUGAAAACAUGGCUGCCAUACCUGGAGCUGAGGCCCGGCCACAUCUAAACCAGCACAACCACUUCUUCCAUUUCGACGGCUCUCGCAUUGCCAGCUGGUUGCCCAGUUUCUCUGUAGAGGUCAUGCACACCACUAACAUCCUGGGCAUUACACAGGCCAACAACUCUCAACUCAAUGCUAUGGCCCAUCAGAUCCAGGAGAUGUUUCCCCAGGUUCCAUACCAUUUGAUUCUGCAGGAUCUCCAGCUGACCCGCUCUGUGGAGGUCACCACUGAUAACAUCCUGGAGGGCCGCAUCCAGGUGCCUUUCCCUGCUCAGGUGAGCGCCCAACCUCAACAGCCUGUCUCACAUGUAAGAGGUCACCUGGUGGCAGGAGAAGUCCCUGAUUCAGUGCCGGUAGAGCGCAGUCCUAUACAGAUAAACCCCAGUUCUGAGGAACCAGCUGGUGCCAGUGGGGGGUCAGAGGUCGCACCUGCGGAGACAGAGGACUUUGAGGUCCGGGGCAGCCGUUUUUCAAAGUCUGCAGAGGAGAGACAGAGGAUGCUUCUGCAGAGGAAGGAAGAGUUACUGCAGAGAGCACGCAGGCGAUACCUGAAUAAAAGUUCUGGUGAGGUAGCUGCUUCUGCUUUCAGUGUUAACGCUAACCCCGCCUCCUCUGAGGAUGAGGGGAUCCUACCCUCUCUAGAGGAUGAAGGCAACGCCUCAGACUCCGUCACUGUGCGUCGCAGAAUGCUCGCAGCCGCGGCCGAGAGGCGCUUACAGAGGCAACCAGACCUGCCCCUGUGAGGUGGUCCCGCCCGCACGUUUUCAGCUGCACCUUGUUUUCGGACCGCCC